CGGGGCCCGGACCGGCGGAGGCCGCGAGGGAGGGAGCGCCAACCAGGAGCCGAACCGCCACCAGCCGCACCCAGACCGCCGCUGCCUCCCCAGCAGCCAUGGCCGAGCGCCGCGCCUUCGCCCAGAAGAUCAGCAGAACUGUGGCAGCUGAAGUUAGGAAGCAGAUUUCUGGACAAUACAGUGGUUCUCCCCAACUGCUCAAAAACCUCAAUAUUGUCAGCAAUAUAUCCCAUCACACCACAGUGCCCCUUACUGAAGCAGUGGAUCCAGUAGAUUUGGAAGAUUACCUCAUUACUCAUCCAUUAGCUGUUGAUGCUGGACCUUUAAGGGAUUUGAUUGAAUUUCCUCCAGAUGAUAUUGAAGUUGUCUACAGUCCUAGGGACUGCCGGACCCUUGCUUCAGCUGUUCCUGAAGAAAGUGAAAUGGAUCCACAUGUUAGAGAUUGUAUAAGAAGUUAUACUGAAGACUGGGCGAUUGUGAUCAGAAAGUAUCACAAACUGGGAACAGGAUUUAAUCCCAAUACAUUAGAUAAACAGAAAGAAAGGCAAAAAGGUUUACCAAAACAGGUCUUUGAAUCUGAUGAAGCUCCGGAUGGCAACAACUACCAGGAUGAGCAAGAUGAUCUUAAAAGACGUUCAGUGUCAAUAGAUGAUACCCCAAGGGGUAGUUGGGCUUGCAGUAUUUUUGACUUGAAAAAUUCUCUCCCUGAUGCUUUGCUUCCCAAUUUACUUGAUCGAACUCCAAAUGAAGAAAUAGAUCAUCAGAAUGAUGAUCAAAGGAAAUCAAACCGUCACAAGGAACUUUUUGCUUUGCAUCCAUCACCAGAUGAGGAAGAACCAAUAGAACGACUUAGUGUUCCAGAUGUGCCCAAAGAACAUUUUGGUCAAAGACUUCUUGUAAAAUGUUUAUCACUCAAGUUUGAGAUUGAAAUUGAACCUAUUUUUGCAAGUCUGGCUUUAUAUGAUGUCAAGGAAAAGAAAAAGAUUUCAGAAAACUUUUAUUUUGACCUCAAUUCUGAGCAGAUGAAAGGAUUGUUACGUCCACAUGUACCACCUGCUGCCAUUACCACCCUGGCAAGAUCAGCUAUUUUUUCUAUCACUUAUCCAUCCCAGGAUGUUUUUCUUGUAAUAAAGCUGGAAAAAGUCCUACAGCAAGGAGACAUCGGAGAAUGUGCAGAACCAUAUAUGAUUUUCAAAGAAGCAGAUGCUUUCAAGAACAAGGAAAAACUGGAGAAGCUGAAAAGUCAAGCAGAUCAGUUUUGCCAAAGACUUGGGAAAUAUCGCAUGCCUUUUGCUUGGACUGCAAUCCAUUUAAUGAAUAUUGUUAGCAGUGCUGGGAGUUUGGAAAGAGAUUCUACAGAACUAGAAAUCAGCUCUGGAGAACGAAAAGGAUCUUGGUCAGAGAGAAGAAAUUCUAGUAUUGUUGGCAGACGAUCUCUUGAAAGGACAACAAGUGGAGAUGAUGCUUGUAAUUUGACCAGCUUUCGACCUGCUACUCUCACAGUGACAAAUUUUUUUAAGCAGGAAGGAGACCGCUUAAGUGAUGAAGAUCUUUACAAAUUCCUUGCUGAUAUGAGAAGGCCAUCUUCAGUCCUACGGAGACUAAGACCCAUAACAGCUCAGCUGAAGAUAGACAUUUCUCCUGCACCAGAAAAUCCUCAUUAUUGCCUAACCCCAGAACUGCUUCAAGUCAAGCUUUACCCUGACAGUAGAGUUAGACCUACCAGAGAAAUUUUGGAGUUUCCUGCCAGGGAUGUCUACGUUCCAAACACUACUUAUAGAAAUCUUCUCUACAUAUACCCUCAGAGUCUCAAUUUUGCCAAUCGUCAAGGUUCUGCCAGAAAUAUAACAGUAAAAGUGCAGUUUAUGUAUGGGGAGGAUCCGAGCAAUGCCAUGCCGGUAAUCUUUGGUAAAUCUAGCUGUUCAGAAUUUUCAAAGGAAGCCUAUACAGCCGUAGUAUAUCAUAACAGGUCUCCCGAUUUUCAUGAAGAAAUCAAGAUUAAACUCCCUGCUACUUUAAGUGACCAUCAUCACUUGCUUUUUACAUUCUAUCAUGUUAGUUGUCAACAAAAACAGAAUACUCCUCUUGAAACUCCGGUUGGAUAUACAUGGAUACCAAUGCUACAGAAUGGACGAUUGAAGACUGGUCAGUUUUGCCUACCGGUCUCAUUGGAAAAACCACCACAGGCUUAUUCUGUACUAUCUCCUGAGGUUCCUCUACCUGGCAUGAAAUGGGUAGAUAAUCACAAAGGUGUUUUUAAUGUUGAAGUUGUGGCUGUUUCCUCCAUCCAUACACAAGAUCCUUAUCUUGACAAGUUUUUUGCUCUCGUUAAUGCUCUGGAUGAGCACAUGUUCCCGGUACGAAUAGGAGACAUGCGAAUCAUGGAAAAUAACUUAGAAAAUGAAUUGAAGAGCAGCAUUUCAGCAUUGAAUUCAUCUCAGUUGGAACCAGUGGUUCGAUUUCUUCAUCUUCUGCUUGAUAAACUGAUUCUUUUAGUUGUUAGACCUCCAGUCAUUGCUGGACAAAUAGUUAACCUAGGUCAAGCAUCUUUUGAAGCCAUGGCAUCCAUUAUAAAUAGACUUCACAAAAACUUGGAAGGAAAUCAUGACCAGCAUGGCAGAAACAGCCUUCUUGCAUCAUACAUCUAUUAUGUUUUUCGCCUACCAAAUACUUACCCUAAUUCACCAUCACCAGGUCCUGGGGGUUUGGGAGGAUCAGUGCAUUAUGCCACAAUGGCUAGAUCUGCUGUGAGACCUGCAAGCCUUAAUUUAAAUCGCUCCCGGAGCCUUAGUAAUAGUAAUCCAGAUAUAUCUGGGACUCCCACAUCACCAGAUGAUGAAGUACGAUCAAUCAUCGGCAGUAAGGGUUUAGAUCGCUCCAAUUCCUGGGUUAACACUGGUGGUCCAAAAGCUGCCCCAUGGGGAUCCAACCCCAGUCCAAGUACAGAAUCAACACAGGCUAUGGAUCGAAGUUGUAAUCGUAUGUCUUCGCACACAGAGACGUCAAGUUUCUUACAAACAUUAACGGGACGCUUACCAACUAAAAAGCUUUUUCACGAGGAACUGGCUUUGCAAUGGGUUGUUUGCAGUGGCAGCGUUCGGGAGGCAGCUUUGCAACAAGCCUGGUUCUUUUUUGAGUUAAUGGUAAAGAGCAUGGUACACCAUUUAUACUUUAAUGAUAAACUUGAUGCUCCAAGAAAAAAUCGUUUUCCAGAACGUUUCAUGGAUGACAUUGCUGCUCUUGUCAGCACAAUUGCUAAUGAUAUAGUGUCACGAUUUCAGAAAGACACAGAAAUGGUUGAGAGACUCAACACAAGCCUUGCAUUCUUUCUCAAUGAUCUGUUGUCUGUUAUGGACAGAGGAUUUGUCUUUAUCCUUAUAAAAUCCUGCUAUAAACAGGUAUCGGCAAAGCUUUAUUCAUUAACAAACCCAAGUGUCCUGGUGUCUUUGAGGUUGGAUUUUCUGAGAAUCAUCUGCAGUCAUGAGCACUAUGUUACUUUAAACUUACCCUGCAGUUUACUUACUCCACCUGCAUCUCCAUCACCUUCAGUUUCUUCUGCAACAUCUCAGAGUUCUGGAUUUUCUACAAAUGUACAGGAUCAAAAGAUUGCAAAUAUGUUUGAGUUGUCUGUGCCUUUCCGUCAACAGCAUUAUUUGGCAGGACUUGUAUUAACUGAGUUGGCUGUCAUUUUAGACCCUGAGGCUGAAGGUCUGUUUGGAUUGCAUAAGAAAGUCAUCAAUAUGGUACACAAUUUACUAUCCAGUCACGACUCAGACCCACGGUUCUCUGACCCACAGAUAAAGGCCCGGGUGGCCAUGUUGUACCUACCUCUGAUUGGCAUUAUCAUGGAAACUGUACCUCAGCUGUAUGAUUUUACAGAAACUCACAAUCAACGAGGAAGACCGGUUUGUGUAGCUACUGAUGAUUAUGAAAGUGAGAGCGGAAGCAUGAUAAGUCAGACAGUUGCCAUGGCAAUUGCAGGAACAUCAGUUCCUCAACUAACAAGACCUGGCAGUUUCCUCCUCACGUCAACGAGUGGCAGGCAACAUACUACCUUUUCAGCAGAAUCAAGUCGGAGUCUUUUAAUCUGUCUACUAUGGGUUCUCAAGAAUGCGGAUGAGACAGUUCUACAAAAGUGGUUUACAGACCUCUCGGUACUACAGCUAAACCGGCUGUUAGAUUUGCUUUAUCUCUGUGUAUCUUGCUUUGAAUACAAAGGAAAGAAAGUAUUUGAAAGAAUGAAUAGUUUGACCUUUAAGAAAUCAAAAGACAUGAGAGCAAAGCUUGAAGAAGCUAUUCUUGGGAGCAUAGGAGCUAGACAAGAAAUGGUGCGUCGAAGCCGAGGACAGCUUGAGAGAAGUCCAUCUGGAAGUGCCUUUGGAAGUCAAGAAAACCUGAGGUGGAGAAAAGAUAUGACUCACUGGCGUCAAAACACAGAGAAACUUGACAAGUCAAGAGCAGAGAUUGAACAUGAAGCACUGAUUGAUGGAAACCUGGCAACUGAAGCAAACCUAACGAUUUUGGAUACCUUAGAGAUUGUUGUACAGACAGUUUCUGUAACCGAGUCCAAAGAGAGCAUUCUUGGUGGGGUACUAAAAGUGCUACUACACAGCAUGGCCUGUAACCAAAGUGCAGUUUAUCUGCAACACUGUUUUGCGACACAGAGAGCCCUGGUCUCAAAGUUCCCUGAACUCUUGUUCGAAGAAGAGACAGAGCAGUGUGCUGAUUUAUGCCUCCGGCUUCUCCGACACUGUAGCAGUAGUAUCAGUACAAUACGGUCACAUGCUAGUGCCUCCCUUUAUUUACUAAUGAGACAAAACUUUGAGAUUGGGAAUAAUUUUGCCAGGGUUAAAAUGCAGGUAACCAUGUCACUGUCCUCCUUGGUGGGUACAUCUCAGAAUUUUAAUGAAGAAUUCUUAAGACGUUCUCUAAAGACUAUAUUGACAUAUGCUGAAGAAGAUCUGGAGUUGAGAGAAACAACAUUUCCUGAUCAGGUCCAAGAUUUGGUUUUCAAUCUCCAUAUGAUCCUUUCUGAUACUGUUAAAAUGAAGGAACACCAGGAGGAUCCUGAAAUGUUGAUUGAUCUAAUGUACAGAAUUGCCAAGGGCUACCAGACCUCUCCAGAUCUUCGGUUGACCUGGUUACAGAACAUGGCUGGCAAACACUCUGAACGAAGCAAUCAUGCUGAAGCUGCACAGUGUCUAGUCCACUCAGCAGCCCUUGUUGCUGAAUAUUUGAGCAUGCUGGAAGACCGGAAAUACCUUCCCGUGGGAUGUGUAACCUUUCAGAAUAUUUCAUCUAAUGUUUUAGAAGAAUCUGCAGUCUCAGAUGAUGUGGUAUCUCCAGAUGAAGAAGGUAUCUGCUCUGGAAAGUACUUUACUGAGUCAGGACUUGUGGGAUUACUCGAACAAGCAGCUGCUUCUUUCUCAAUGGCUGGCAUGUAUGAAGCAGUUAAUGAGGUUUAUAAAGUACUUAUUCCUAUUCAUGAAGCUAAUCGGGAUGCAAAGAAACUGUCCACGAUUCAUGGUAAACUUCAAGAAGCAUUCAGCAAAAUUGUUCAUCAGAGUACUGGCUGGGAGCGGAUGUUUGGCACCUACUUUCGUGUUGGUUUUUAUGGAACCAAGUUCGGGGAUUUGGAUGAACAAGAAUUUGUUUACAAGGAGCCUGCGAUAACCAAACUUGCAGAGAUAUCUCACAGAUUGGAGGGAUUUUAUGGGGAAAGAUUUGGAGAAGAUGUGGUUGAAGUAAUCAAGGACUCUAAUCCAGUAGACAAGUGUAAAUUAGAUCCUAACAAGGCAUAUAUUCAGAUUACUUACGUGGAGCCAUACUUUGACACAUAUGAGAUGAAGGACAGAAUCACAUAUUUUGACAAAAAUUAUAAUCUUCGCCGUUUCAUGUACUGUACACCCUUUACUUUAGAUGGUCGUGCCCAUGGAGAACUUCAUGAACAAUUCAAACGGAAGACCAUUCUUACCACUUCACAUGCCUUUCCUUAUAUUAAAACAAGGGUCAAUGUCACUCACAAAGAGGAGAUCAUCUUGACACCAAUUGAAGUUGCCAUUGAAGACAUGCAGAAAAAGACACAGGAGUUGGCGUUUGCAACACAUCAGGAUCCAGCAGACCCCAAAAUGCUUCAGAUGGUACUCCAGGGAUCUGUAGGCACAACAGUCAAUCAGGGACCAUUGGAAGUUGCCCAAGUUUUCCUAUCUGAAAUACCAAGUGACCCAAAGCUCUUCAGACAUCACAAUAAACUUCGGCUCUGCUUCAAAGAUUUUACUAAAAGGUGUGAGGAUGCCUUAAGAAAAAAUAAGAGCUUAAUUGGGCCAGAUCAAAAGGAGUAUCAAAGGGAACUGGAGAGAAACUAUCAUCGCCUUAGAGAGGCCCUGCAGCCUCUGAUAAACAGAAAGAUCCCCCAGUUAUAUAAAACAGUACUGCCUGUCACCUGCCACAGAGAUUCCUUCAGUCGAAUGAGCCUUCGCAAAAUGGAUCUCUAAAAUAAAAGCACUUGCUUUAUUCAUUUGAAAAGAGCCACGUAUUCAACACUGAGUGUGAAAAGAACUAUGGAAAAAAUAAGACUGGGGAUUAAUUCUGGAAGUUAUAGCACUAAUUUGCUCAUUGAAGAAUGCAGUGGCCAAAAAGAUCAGAUUAUCAAAUGUAGACUUUAAAAGAAUCAUGGCUAUGGUUUCCAGUGUUCUGGUAAUAUGCUGUUAUCCUUUUUAAAGACAUUUUAAUGACUCAAAGGUACACUAUACAUUUAUCAUUAUUUAUAGCAUAGCUACUGUUAAAUUUAUUUACCUUAAGUUCAUAUUUUUUAAUUUAUAUUACCAUUUAUAGAUUCAUUUUAGAAACAUUUUAAAUGUAGUAAUGCUUAUUUUAAAGGUACUAUUAAAUGUGACUGUUUACACUAAUUCUCCUGAGUGGAACUUUAAAAAUUUUUGACAAGAGGCACAGAUAUUGGAGUCGAUUCAAGAACUAUUUCUAAAUCUAGCAAAAUGAAAAUCAAGAUUGAUAAGUCACUUUAUGGGCCCACAGAAGGACCCCAAAAAUGGAUGGGUUUUAGAUAUAGAUAUCAAUAACUGGUUUGUGUAGUCUUAAAACAGAUUGCUAUUUUCCAUAUAGAAACCCCACCUACCUCCACAAAUUGAGAAUUGCAGAAAUAACUUUACCUGAUAAAAACUUUUUGUCUGUAGUAAUUAAAUACUGGAAUAGCUAACACCAGUGACAGUAGCCUCCCUGAUUUUUGACUUUCAAUCUCGUACAAGUGAUAGUAGUAUGAACUUUGUGACUCUCUAAACAAAACUGAUCCCUGGGUUUCAAAUUAAACCAACCAGUUGUCAUCAGUUUUGAAUUAUCUAAAUUGGUAAAUUAGAAAUCCACUUUAAAGCUGUUUUACAUUACCAUAAAGGUAUACUAAGAUCCAGAUUAUUUUAAUCUGAGUGGAAUGAGAAGUCACAUACUUUUUGACACUUGUACAGAAUUUACAAACAUGAAGAAUAAAAGUAACUUUAAUCAGAAUUAAGAACUAAUCCAUUUAGAAGUCUAUUUUUUGUAUUAUGAUAAACUAAUCAGAAAAAAAAGAUUUGAGAAAUACAUUUCAGUUACUUGGCAAGUUUUUCCAAGACAGUACAUAUUAAUGAUUUCUGGUAGUGUUUUGAACAUUUUUUAUGUAGUACUGGGCUUAUAGAUCAAGUUUUUUAUAUAAUCUAUCCCCCCUUUGACCUACUGACCAAAGUUACUUGACUCCCUUAACAAGAACUGAUUGAAUAGUGCCUUCAUUCUGUGGUUGAUAUAGAAAACAAGAUUACAAAAAUGUCUAAUUCUCCUGACAGCAUAGGUGAUGGGUGAUAAUUUGCCUGUCUUCCCAGCCUACCUUUACGGUAGGCAAUAAUGUCUCAAAUUUCUUAGCUAUGUCAAUUCAAAGACUGUGAAUAACAAAAAGGUUUUGGGGAUGACUAUACAGUGUUGGCCACAAGGGGCUAUCUAAUUCAGAAGAGUGCGUAACCUCCAAAAUUUAUUUGGAAUAAAAGAAUCCAAAUGGACAAGGAAAGGCAAGUGUCAAGAAUAGAAACUAAUUUUAAGUUUUAUACACACACACUCCCCUCCCCUCCCACUUUGUAGGUGGGGGUUAGGGAGCAGGUACAAGGGAGAAUAUUAAGUAGCCCCAGGUGACUCAUUAGGUUACAUUUAUCUAAGAGGCUGGAUCCUUUUACACAAGCCUCAAUGACAGUAAACAAGUACUUUAAGAUUUAUAGAAAUUAUUUAAUUACCAUGUGAUACUAAUUUUAUUUUCUUAAGUCAAAAAAAGGCUUCCUCUUCCUCAAAAUAAAAACACUGACAUACUUCCUAAUUUCUCAUGUACUACAAUUUUCUUAAAAUGCGAAAUCUCUCACAUCAGAAAUCUAUACUACUGGUUCUUGUCUCUGGAAUUUAAUAUAGGUCCAGGCUCUAUCCAAGACCUACUCCAUCAGAAGCCUAUGGAUAGUGCUCAGGGCUGUUUCUUUAAGAAGCUCCAUUAGUAAUUCUGAAUGUAGAAUGGGGUGAGAGCCAUGACUUUUUAUUAUCACACCAUCUUGUGGAUGAAUGAUGAGACAUUAUGUAACCAUGUAACUAAUUUAUUAGUUCCAAGGCAUUUGUAUUUGUUGAAAGAGUAUAACAGUAUUAUUCUAAUUGCAUUUACAUACUUAGAAUCGUUUUUAAGAAAUAUUCUUAGUACCAACAAUUUCCUUUAACAAGUCAUAAGAUAACUGGUUGUUUACAAUUUAGUGUACUCUAUUUAUAAUGAAAAUUUAACCAAGUUUUUAUGUGUACCCAAACAUUAAGUUCUCCUAGUUUGGAUUCCAUAAAGUUAGAUGUCUACUUUAAAUGUCAACCAAGAUGUGACAAUUUUUAUUGUAAACUUUUAAGCAUGACAACUUGGAUGGACCAAGCACAAAUCCUAUUUGAAAAAUUCUUCACCUCCACUGUCAGAAAGUAGCAAGCAUUAUCAAAGGUAACUGUGCAUGUUUAUUUUCUAUCAAUAUAUAGACAUAUUCUUUGUAUACACAGUUAAGCAGUUCAAAUUUUAUUGACCUCCCAGUUUUUAAAAAAAAGUUAAAUUUAAGGUCACAACUCUUAAGUUUGAUGUAUUAUAUACAGAUCGUGCAGAAUAUGACUAUGAAGAGAUACAAAUUAGUCCAUGCCCAAAAAGAUUAGUUUACUAGAGUACAGAAUCAUCUUCAUAAAUAUAUAUAAAAUUCUUCUAAAGAGAGGAGGGGACUGUCCAGGUUUUCUGAGACACUUUAAAAGUGUUUCAAGGCACAAAAUGAACACCAUUGUGAAUACACACAUCUAGACUCUCUGUGCCUCUGAUACAGCCUAUCAAAGUUUUGGCUUCACAUCUGUGUUAUAAAACUAAAUGUACUGAAUGAGCUUCUGCUUCUUCGCUGAAAAACCACAGGACCUACAAACAUCAUGUGGAUAAUUACUCCAAAAUAUGGAGAAUACAAAUACGAGCACUUUAUUUUAAAAAGGAAACACAAAAGAUAGGUGUAAGUUUGAAAGUGUUUAAAUGCUUCUAUUUUGGAUAAUUCGUUUAAGUAUCUAUACAAGUUUGUUCCCAGAAGCUAAUGUAUCACUAGUCUCUAGUAAGAAAAGUGAAUUCUAAAAAUUAACAUGGUUUUCAGUAAUUCAAAUUUCACUAUUUAUAUAAAAACCUAGAAAGACCAAUAAUUCCAGUAGCUUCCAAAGAUAAGCUAAAGACUCUUUACUAUAAUUACAUUUACCAAUGUUUGUCCAUGUCUGUUUAAUAUAUACACAAGGAAAAUACACUCAUUCUACAAUUUCUUAUAAAACAGCAAGUAAGGAGUAGAUGUAGGAGAUGUAGAAGGGGAAAGAGAAUUCAAAAAGUCCUUCUCUUCAGUAACUUUCACUUCAGAAUCAUCAAAAAGCAACCAUUUCCCUUCAUACUCCUUUAAGCUUUGCACUACAUAUGAAAUUUUGUUCUCAAAUCCACUUAUGUUAAUGCCUGCUUGGUUAAUGGAUUCCUUGUUUCUAUCAGAUUCAUGGGUCCCAUUAGUACUGUUAGUCUCAGAAUUUCUAUUUUCAGCAAAUGCUGUACUGGCAACCUUAUCAGGAUUAGAUGUUUUGUUGUAUAGCUCAUAAUCUGCUUUGCUCUUUUGUCCUCCAAGAAGUCCAACAGCUUCUACAUUUUUUUUGUUCAAAACUUUACUUGGCUGUGUAUUUCCACUGACUCUAAUCGACACUUCAUCAUCAUAAUUUUCAACCACUCCCCGUGCUUCCUCCUCAUUUAAUGGUUCAGGCUUACCUAUUUCACACAUUUGGUCAACCAAAAAAUUUCCCUUAUCUAGUUCUAAACUGUUAAGAUCAGUGACUUUAACAGAAGCGGUGUAAUGGCCACUACUAAUUGUAAUACCACUAUGCAUCACAACUGCAAAUAAUCCAUAGCUGUCAUUGGUUGGCUUUGUGCUCCAUUCUUCUAGAGACAAUUUAAGGGGUGUCAAUAAAGGAGUGUUGAUCUUGGAAAGUCCACCACCAAAACAAUCAAACCUUUGGAAGGGAAAAAAAAAAAAAAGGUUUUUUUCUUUCUGCAGUUCUAUUUUAAAUACAUUCAAAGUUUUAUACCCACUGUGAAAUCAACCUACAAGUCUGUAUUUACUUUUAGUGCUCAUGUAAAUAAACAAAAAACAAGCCCUCAAUUUUGUGUAAUAUUUGUAACAUAUACACAAAAAAUAAUGAAAUAACUGCUAAUUACUUGGGUGUUUCUGUAAAAAGUAUAUGUAAAAAAUACACUGAACUAAAACAAAAUCCUUCACAUUUUAGUAAAUCAUUUUAAUGUAAAGUCUUUCUCUACCAAAAUGUGGGAACAAAAAUAAAAAAAAACAAUAUUAUAUCAAAGAA